UCCAGCAGAAAUGGCAGCUGUUGACAUCGACAUGCCGGUAGAUCCGGAGCCUCAGAUCCGUAACCAGGAUGAGCUGGAUCGGGAGGCUGAAGGAUUCAAGGAGCAAGGGAAUGCUCUCUACAGCAAUAAAGAUUACUCUGAGGCUUUCAACUAUUACACUAAGGCCAUCGAUACUUGCCCCAAAAAUGCAAGUUAUUAUGGCAACAGGGCAGCCACCCUCAUGAUGCUUAGUCGCUUUCGAGAGGCCCUUGAAGAUUCCCAGCAGGCUGUGCGGCUGGAUGAAUGUUUCAUGAAGGGUCAUCUACGUGAGGGUAAGUGCCACAUGUCUUUGGGAAAUGCCAUGGCAGCCAGUCGCUGCUUUCAGAAGGUUCUGGAACUUGAGCCCAGCAACAGAGAGGCCCAGCAGGAGAACAAGAAUUCUGCGACUCUGUUGGACUAUGAGCGGAUGGCAGAAUUUGGCUUUGACAAGCGGGAUUUCAGAAAGGUGGUGUACUGUAUGGAUCGGGCCUUAGCCAUGGCUUCUGCCUGCCACCGCUUUAAAAUCCUCAAGGCCGAGUGUCUGGCUCUGCUGGGACGCUAUCCAGAAGCUCAGUCUGUAGCAAGUGAUAUCCUGCGAAUGGAUUCCACAAACGCAGACGCACUGUACGUCCGAGGCCUGUGUCUCUACUAUGAGGACUGCAUUGACAAAGCUGUUCAGUUCUUCGUCCAGGCUCUGCGCAUGGCACCUGAUCAUGAAAAGGCCCGACUAGCCUGCAGGAAUGCCAAAGCCUUAAAAGCCAAGAAGGACGAGGGCAAUCUGGCGUUCAAGAACUGCAGCUAUGACUCUGCCUACCAACUGUACACUGAGGCCCUGACGAUAGAUCCCAACAACAUCAAGACUAACGCUAAACUGUACUGCAAUAGAGCCAUGGCAGGAGCAAAGCUGAAGAAACCAAAACAAGCCAUUGAUGACUGCUCCAGUGCGAUCAAACUCGAUGACUCUUACAUCAAGGCCUACUUAAGAAGAGCACAGUGUUACACGGACACUGAGCAGUUUGAAGAGGCUGUACGGGACUAUGAAAAAGUUUACCAGACAGAAAAAACUGCAGAUCACAAGCAUCUGCUGAAAACGGCACAGCUGCAGCUGAAGAAGAGUAAAAGGAAAGAUUAUUACAAGGUGCUGGGGGUGGGCAAGAAUGCCACAGAUGAUGAGAUCAAAAAAGGCUAUCGUAAACGCGCCCUCAUGCACCACCCAGACCGACACAGUGCAGCUUCUAUAGAAGUGCAGAAAGAGGAGGAGAAGAAAUUUAAGGAGGUGGGCGAAGCCUUCACUGUGCUCUCAGACCCGAAGAAGAAGGGCCGCUAUGACAAUGGACACGACCUGGAUGAUGACAACGGAAUGGACCAUGGAGAUUUUGAUGCGAACAACAUCUUCAGGGCUUUCUUUGGUGGACAAGGUGGAGGAUAUAGUUUUGAUUCCAGUCCAGACACUGGACCUGGAAACUUCUUUUUCCAGUUUGGCUAAAGUGAAGAUGUGGGAAACUGCUGUUCUGCUGAGGACAAAAUCAAGUUGGGCCCACUGUCCCCUUGUGACGCUCUUACUCCUGAGUGUCUAGAAAAAUCUCACAACUAUUCUUUCUCUGAAGAGAUCUCUGAUUAUUGCAUUCUCUUAAUUUACCCCUUACAUUGACGCUAACAAUCAUCGGAAGGGAAACCCCUGAGACUUUAGAUGUGAAUUAACAAUGAAGAUAAAGAGGUUUUGAUCAGCUGAUUCAGAGCAUGUUGGUAUUGCCAAAAUCAUAUUAAAUGAAAUGUAGUCUUGCAAAACUGCCUCGACUUUCUUAAAGGUGAUAAGUAACGAGGAAUGCUUUAGAAAUAUUAGCGUCAUGGUUGAACAUUUCUUUUAGAGAACAUGAUAAACAUUUUUAAGUUUCCACUGGGUCAUCCGGUAUCCAUUGAGCAAGUCAAUGUAUUGGAGGAGUUCAAUAUCAAAACUGACCUCAGGAUAGUCUGUUGAGGACAACGCUGAACUCUUGGAAUGUGUGUCCAGGUUUUAUUGGCUCAUCUGCCAAAUAUAGAAUCGACUUGCUGGGUUAUUUUCCCUUCACCUCUCCUUCACUUUGCAUUGUAUAUUUGACUUGAAUGUAAAGCUGUUUUUGUCCAUUCAUAUUUUUUUCUCUUCAGUCUUCCCCAGUCUAUUUAUAUUUAUUGUACUGUGUAUCUUAAAAUGUAUGCAGCAGGAUGCCAUCGUCUUCCUCCUUUUGUAAGAGACGUCAUUUGUAAAUGUUUUCUGCAUCAUUGUCGUCACUAACAGAUUGUGCAAGUUGUGUUACUUUUUUUAUUUUUUCCCCCUGAAUCGGGCCAAAAAUUUCGCAUCCACACACCUUCUGUUGAAAGCACCAGUCGCAUCUGUUCGACUGUUUCAUUCAAAUUCAAGUGGUGCCUUACCAAAAUGAGCAGAUCAGUCAGUGACACCAUCAGAAGCAGUAGAGCAGGCCCCUGUUUUAUUUGCAAAUAACAACAGUCCCUUUCAGGCCGUUUUUUUGUGCUCUUCAAUAGGAAACCCCUUCUUUUGUCUGGCUAGUAAAUUGAUUUUUACCUGUAAAUUCUUCAUCCUGACAAACAUGAGGUGCGAUACGUUUCCUGUUGCCAUCGCCGUCACACCCAGCCGUCAUUCACCCAAACUCGUCAUGCACGUUCAGCCAGUGCAGCACUUCCCCUACUCGUUCCACCUGUUCAAAGGGACGCUGAUAGUACGUUGGAAGCUUCUUGUUAUUUCGUCUGUGUAUCAUUUUAAAACAACUUGUCACAGUAUUAACAAGACAUGCUUUUCUUAUAAUGUAAAUAAAGGCUUGUCUUUUACCGUA